AAAACCUCACAUCUACACACACACAUAUAUUAUCACACUGCCAAAAGACCAGACCGGCAAACCCAACUCCUCCCGUCCAUCACCCUCCUCAUAUCCAGAAGCAUUGACUUGUUUCUGCGCCACCCUUCGAGUUUAUGGCCGUCCUCUCCAACCAGUUCACUUUCAGCAUCGGCAAAAUGGGCUCCCAAGCCACCAGCGAGACCCCGGCGCUCGCCACGAACCCGGACUUCAUCUUCUUCACCGACUUCGACGGCACCAUCACGCUCGAGGACUCCAACGACUUCCUCACCGACAACGUCGGCUACGGCUACGAGAACCGCCGCGCCGGCAACGUGCUCGUGCUCGAGGGCAAGAAGCACUUCCGCGACAGCUUCCAGGAGAUGAUGGACUCGGUCUCGAUGCCCUUUGACAAGUGCAUCGACUACCUCAAGGCCAACGUCAAGCUCGACCCGGCCUUCAAGGACUUUUACGCCUGGUGCCGCGCCCACAACGUGCCCGUCGUCAUCAUCAGCGGCGGCAUGCGGCCCAUCAUCCGCGCCCUGCUCGUCCAGUGGCUCGGCGAGGCCGAGGUCGACGGCCACAUCCAGAUCGUCAGCAACGAGGUCGCCGCGCGCGAGGGCAAGGCCUCCAUCAACGAGGAGGGCGGCUGGCGCAUCGUCUACCACGACGACAGCAUCCACGGCCACGACAAGUCCAUCGAGUUGCGCAAGUACUCGUCCCUGCCCACCCGUCCCGUCAUGUUCUACGCCGGCGACGGCGUCUCGGACCUGUCGGCCGCUCGCGAGACGGACCUGCUGUUCGCCAAGCGCGAUAAAGAUCUCGUCGCGUACUGCGAAAAGGAGGGCAUCUCCUUCGUCACCUUCAACGACUUCUCCGACAUCCACGAAACCGUCAAGCAGAUCGUCGAGGGCAAGAUCAGCGUCAAGGACGCCGCGCGGGGACGCAUCCACUAGCCAGCCGAUUGAUUGACGACUCGCGAGACCGAGACGAAGAACAUUCAUAUAGACAAGACAUCUAUACAUCCAGGGCGGCAUUGAUACCUAUACAGCGAGGCAUGAGGAAUCGGGGUUUCUUGGGUAUUUUCACUAUUUUUCUAUUUUUAUUUUUUGCGUAUUCACGAUAGAUAUAGACAUAGACUGGGUGUCUACAGGGAUAUAACACGAACGAUUUCG